AUGGCGCCCGGUUGCCGAUCGCCUUUGGCGCUACGGCUUGCUGCCGUGUGCGUGGUGACGACUUUAGGCUCCUGGAUUAGCACUUCUUUCGUCGUAGGUCACCCGCCAGCGCCCAACUGCCGCAACUGCCGCUCCGUGGCCCGAGGGGCAGAGGGCGAGGUGGCCUUGGAGGCGCCCCCUAGUGACGCGGAGAUCUCUCAGGAGACCAGUUUGGACCCUCGCCCGGUGCGAAAGUUCCGCCCCAAGCGUGAGAUCCGAGGGACCUUGUGCUAUGCCCGAAGGGAGUUGAACGAAGAGGCGGAACGGCUGCGGCCCUUCAUCGAGCCCUUGCUCUACGAGAAGCGUCUCUCCCUGAAGGAGAUCACCUUUGUCUUGAACCGAAUGGGACAAAAGCUUCGACCCUUGCUGUACAAGCCUCGCGUCGGCUUACCGGUCUUCACCGAGCAUAAGGUCAGACGUUUGAUGCGCCGAGCAAAAAACUCGCGAGGGAUACGAAUCAAUCGCUAUGUGCGGCCGCAGAAACUUCCAGCCAACGCUCCUGGUGCUCCAUAUCCUAAGCCUAUGAAGGACGUGUAUGCCGAAGUGCCGUCGGAGACCCAGGGCCACUGA